AUGGAUAGAACCUUAAACAAUGCAAUGGCGGCUGUCUGCACACUGCACAAGGCUUAUCAAAUCUGCCUACAGUAUCUUCUCACUAGAUCCUCCACAGUCUAGCUUCAUGCUUCAUAUCAAAAUCAGAUGAAGAUAGCCUUGCCUGAUAAUAUAUUCCCGAUAACCUUAUCUUAUUGUCUGUCGUCUAUUGCGUUAUUGCUGACUGAGUAUACCGGCCGGUACUCAGUCUUACAUCUACUAUUGAUCCUGAACCGCAAGCUUGCAGCACUGCACUGAGCACUUAGCAGUGAGUACGAACUCAAUAUUGAUUAAUCUUACAUAGCGGCGGCUAACGAGUAUAUCUUCGGAAUUAUUAGGGAUUCGUCAUCAUUCAUCAUGCCCAAGGCGAUAACGAUGCAAAAGAUAGAGGGGGGAAAACCGGGUCAGGUUUACUACCCGUGGGUUUCAUUUCAUUUCUCUUCAAUUCUCUUCCAUCCAUCCUAUCUCCCCUUCAUCCAUGACCAUUCCACCAUCCACCGGUAUCCCAUCCUUCUCUCCACAAUUGAUACCUAUUCGUAAAACAUCCAAUCUAAUAGGUAGGCACGGAAUUGCGUAAACCAACAAACUAACCUCCCACGCGCCCACAGUCUGAACCUCACCAACCAUCCCACCCCCCCGCUAACCCCCACUUCCCUACUCAUCCAAAUCCACACCGCGGCACUCAAUCACCGGGAUCUAUUUCUCCGCCAACAUCUCUAUCCAUCUCCAUCCUUUACCACUCCCCUCCUAGCCGAUGCCUGCGGUAUCGUCUCCCAGAUCGGCAGUAAAGCCGAUGAAAAAUGGCUCGGGAAACGCGUCAUUCUUACUCCCGGCCGCGGAUGGAGAGAUGAUCCGUUCGGUCCCGAGGAUGUAGAUGGGUAUAAGAUUUUAGGUGGGACGAGUAGUGUUCCUAUUGGAACGUUGAUUGAAGAGGUAGUUAUUGAGCAGGAGGAGGUAGAAGAGGCUCCGUCGCAUUUGUCGGAUGUGGAAGCGGCGGCUUUGCCGUUGGUGGGAUUGACGGCUUGGAGGGCCUUGGUUGUUAAAGGCGGAGAGGGGAAUAUUGGGACAGGGAAGAAUAUUUUGAUCACGGGGAUUGGGGGUGGUGUGGCGUUGAGUGUUUUGCUUUUUGCAGUGGCGUUGGGGAGUAAUGUUUUUGUUACUAGUGGUGAUGUUGAGAAGAUUGAAAAGGCGAAAGUGUUAGGAGCGAAGGGGGGUGUUAGUUAUAAGAGUGACGGGUGGGAGAAGGAAUUAAAAGGUUUGUUAAAGGGGUUUGGGAAGGGGAAGUUGGAUUUGAUUAUUGAUGGGGCGGGAGGUGAUAUUGUUAGGAGAGCUACGAAGUUGUUGAAGGUGUGUUGUUUUCUUUCGUUUAUUUUUCAUUUUUCUUCUGAGCUGGGCAGUUACCUCUCUACAUAUUUAUUUUCAUCAUCAUCUCUAUCACCAUCCUCAUCCCCAUACCCACCCACAUACACACCCAAUAAACUAACACCCUCCCUCUCCCCCUCCACAGCUCGGCGGCACAAUAGUCCAAUACGGCAUGACUCUCUCCCCCAAAAUGGACUGGUCCAUGUCAGCCAACCUCAUGAAUCUCGAACUCAAAGGAUCAACCAUGGGAUCGAGAAAAGAAUUCAAAGAAAUGAUUAACUUUGUUAAUGAACGGAAGAUUAAACCGGUUAUUUCGAGAGUGGUGAAAGGAAUUGAUAAUUUGAGCGAGAUUGAUGAGUUAUUUGGGAUGAUGAAGGUGGGGAGUCAGUUUGGGAAAUUGGUUGUUGUGGUUAAGGGGGAGGGUGAGGAGGGGGAGGGAAAGGAGGAGGGUGAGGGAGGGAAGGUGGGGAGUAAGUUGUAAAUUUGGGUUAGUGGUGAAGGAAGGGUUGAUGUUCUGUUGGUAGAUAGAUAGGUGCGUAGAGUGUUAGUUGUAUGUCAUUAUAUAUAAAAAAUGAUGAUGAAUUUGAUGGA